AUGGGUCACGCCGCAGGUCUCCGCGCAGGCACUCGCUAUGCCUUCUCUCGCGACUUCAAGAAGAAGGGCAUGAUCGCUCUGGGUACAUACCUUAAGCAGUACAAGGUCGGAGACAUCGUCGAUGUUGUCGCCAACGGUGCCGUCCAGAAGGGCAUGCCAUACAAGGUCUACCACGGAAAGACCGGUGUCGUCUACAACGUCACCAAGUCCGCAGUCGGCGUCAUCCUCUACAGACAGGUCGGCAACCGCUACAUCGAGAAGCGCAUCAACGUCCGCGUCGAGCACGUCCGCCACUCGCGAUCGCGCGACGAGUUCCUUGCCCGUGUCAAGACCAACGCAGCCAAGCAACGCAAGGCCAAGGAGACCGGCGAGCACGUCCACUUGAAGAGACAGCCAGCCCAGCCACGGGAGGCACGAACUGUGAGCACGAAGGACAACAAGCCAGAGAGCAUUGCGCCGAUCGCAUACGAGACAACUAUCUAA